AUCUCCUCAUUGUUGCAAUAAAUGAGUUUCAGAGAGAGUGUGCUUUUUAGAGAGAGAGAGUGUGAGGGAGAGGUUUUAGAGAUAGAGAAUUCCAAAGAUUGAGCUUCAGAGAUUCUAAGUGAGGAAGAGAAAUUCGUAAAGGAAAUUACGCUUGUAGAUUCUAGAGAGAGAGGAGAGACCGAGGGAAUGGAGGAUAUAGUGGAGGAGAACGGAGAAGAGGAGGUCUUGGGAUCGAGCUUGACGAUGGAGAAAGUGGCUGCAGCGAAGCAGUUCAUAGAGAACCACUACAGAGCUCAGAUGAAGAAUAUUCAAGAACGAAAGGAGAGACGGUGGGUGUUAGAAAGGAAACUAGCUUCUUCUGAUGUGCCCAAGGAGGAACAGAUCAAUCUGAUUAAAGACUUGGAAAGAAAAGAGACAGAAUUUAUACGACUCAAAAGGCAUAAGAUUUGUGUUGAUGAUUUUGAGCUUUUGACCAUCAUUGGUAGAGGAGCCUUUGGUGAGGUCCGCUUGUGCCGAGAGAAGAAAUCUGGCAAUAUUUAUGCCAUGAAAAAGUUAAAGAAAUCUGAAAUGCUAAUGAGAGGACAGGUAGAACAUGUUAGAGCUGAAAGGAACUUGCUGGCAGAAGUUGCAAGCCACUGCAUCGUCAAACUCUAUUACUCAUUUCAGGAUGCUGAGGAUUUGUAUUUGAUUAUGGAAUAUCUUCCUGGUGGUGAUAUGAUGACUCUGCUAAUGAGGGAGGAUACCUUAACUGAAAAUGUGGCUAGGUUUUACAUUGCUCAGAGCGUCCUUGCGAUUGAGUCAAUUCACAAGCAUAAUUACAUUCACAGAGAUAUAAAGCCUGAUAACCUUCUUCUGGAUAAAAAUGGUCAUAUGAAGCUAUCUGAUUUUGGCCUUUGUAAGCCUCUUGAUUGUACAGCUUUAUCUGUGAUUCCUGAAAAUAAGACAACUGAUGAUGAAAAUAUGAGUGAACCAAUGGACAUUGAUGGAAGUAUCCCUGAUGCGGACAAUAAAAGUAAUUGGAAAAGCCGCCAUGAACAGCUUCAACACUGGCAAAUGAACAGGAGGAAGUUGGCAUUUUCUACUGUUGGAACACCAGAUUACAUCGCUCCUGAAGUAUUACUGAAGAAAGGAUAUGGCAUGGAGUGUGACUGGUGGUCGCUAGGAGCAAUAAUGUAUGAAAUGCUAGUUGGAUACCCUCCUUUUUACUCAGAUGACCCCAUAACUACAUGCAGAAAGAUUGUCCAUUGGAGAAAUCACCUUCGAUUCCCAGAAGAUGCAAGGCUGUCACCUGAGGCAAAGGAUCUCAUUUGUAGGUUACUGUGUGGUGUUGAUCAUAGGCUAGGUACUGGAGGAGCACACCAAAUUAAAGCUCAUCCUUGGUUCAAGGACAUUGUAUGGGAUAAACUUUAUGAAAUGGAGGCAGCAUUUAAACCAGAAGUCAAUGGAGAGUUAGACACCCAGAACUUUAUGAAAUUUGAUGAAAUGAAUCCUCCACCAGCAAGAACUGGCUCAGGACCAUCAAGGAAGAUGCUAUUAACUCCCAAAGAUUUAAGUUUUGUUGGCUAUACUUACAAGAAUUUUGAUGCUGUCAAAGGGCUUCAUUCUUUUGAUCUCAAAGGAAGUAUGUCACCGAAACGGCCAUCCAUUGAUUCUAUAUUCAGUGGCUCCGGGGCAAUUUAUCCUGCAAAACGGCCUGGCGAGGAAACAGAGGUGCAAAUGCUUGCUUCAUCAGGCGAUCCCAUGCUACCAUAAUAUAACAAAAUCACUAUCCUACAGUGUGGAUGGUUGUGCAUCCCAUGUUCAGUUUGAGUUUCUCCCAAAAUCCAUGACUUGUAUGGGUUGGCUGCCAUGCAACUUGCAAGAACCACGCUCAAAGUGUACAGCAGUAAUUGAGAAACUUCUCUAAAGCCCUCUGAGGUUAACUGUUAGGACGAGUGAAAUUUAUAUUUAUAGCUGAAAAGGUUUUGUGUAAUAGACUUAGAACAAACUUGUGAAACUUAUGCCCUGGCUGCCCAGGUUGGCUUGUGGUAAAACAUGCCUUCUCUAGCGGCAGUUUCUGGUCAAAUUUUAAUGGAAAGCAAACUACUAAGAAAAUAUGUUUUAGUGAA